UGGUAAUAAUUGAUGGCAUGAGAAAUGGUGGCAACAAUAUCUGAAAUUUGUAAACAAUGUUCUCGUCGUUUUGCAUCAGCCGUAACUCGUAUUACUGUUUAUUAUUGAUUUCUGUUAUUGGUGUUAAUUUCUGUAAUGUUUCAUUGGCUUAUUUAAAAGUGAUAGCUCCAUUAUCUCCUGUGACCGAAGCUGAUCUUGGAUCACAGCUGCUUUUGUCCUGCAAUGUUAGUGGUGAACCUCCACCUUAUUUCAUUUGGUUGAAAGAAGGACGUUCCCUGCCUAUGAAUUUGAGUUGGGAACCGCCGUAUAAUGACCGACAGGUUUUAAUCUCAUACUCGGUCCUUUCCAUUGAUGCUGGAAAUUACACCUGUUUAUCUAGCAAUCUGUAUGAUUUUAAAAAGCAGAAUACACAACUUAGAAUAAAAACUCCCCCAGGUAAAUUACAAAAUGUUAGUGUACAUCCAUCUACUGUAGUAGCUACAGUCCGGUGGCACGUAGAUAACGAUGGUGGUUAUCCGAUUACUAACUUUACUCUAUUGUAUCGACCAACUAAUGCUAGUUCAUCGGAGAAGUGGCAUGUACCUCAACCUGUGCAUGUCAGCCCUUCUGCAAGACAGUUCUUUAUUUAUCAGUUAAAACCAGGUACAGAUUAUACUUUUAGAAUGUGGGCGACCAACAAACUCGGUCCUGGAGAACCAGUGUCUGUCCGUGCUUCAACUGCCAAACCCAUUGAACCUCCAGAAGUAUUAGAGAAGAUGCUGGAAGAUGCUGAAGACUUUAGUUCCACAGCUUGGUUAGUUGCAAUAUGCAUGGUGGCUGCAACUGUACUUACACUUUCAUUCUUGAGUUGUGCACUCAUUUAUCGAGAACAUCGGAAUGAAACUCCAGAAGAAUCCUUACCCCGAAUAAUUGCUAAUCCAGGGUUUGAAAUUGAUCUGGAGCAAAGUUACCUGUUGGAUCAUGCAGAUUACAAUGAUAAUACAGAGCGAACUGUGAGAAUAAACAACAACACAGUGAUUCAGCCGUCCAGGGUAUAAUCUUUAAGUCAACUCAUGCUUGUCGUGCAUCCUGUGUAGUUUUGAGAGCUUUAGCAAAUGGAGUAAUGUUGAUCACCUUCUAUGUAUGAUGUAUUCUUGUAUAUUUAUGGUUGCACGUAUUUCUAGUUUCUUUUGCAUUACUUGUUUACCCCCCUUUUUUUAAAGAAAUCUUGUUACCCAAAAAGGAAAAUAUAUUAUUGUUUUACCUCACCUCAUUUUUGUGCAAAUGGGGUGCUAUUAAAAUAGUUUAAAAGCUCAAAAAUGAAGUAUAUGCAUUGUAUGAGAGCAACAUAAUUUUUUUUAUGGUUCUGAUACGAGGUCUUUUUGUAUGGCUGUAUAAAUGUAUUACAGCAUCUUACUUAUGGACUUGUUUCUUAUUCUGUAAUAUUGCAAUAAAUGUUCUUUUAGCAAUAAUCAACAUUUUUUUAUUACCUACCAUAUAUUUAAUGCUUUUAUGGUAUUUAUGAUCAUGUAUUAAAUAUGAAACUAGAUCUUUGUUAUCCAUUCAGUUAAAUGGAUGGAAUUUUCAUAAGAAUGUGUAGAUAUAAUUGUAAAUAACCUUCCAAAAUUUAGAAUAAUCCUUUUGACUAUAUGUAGAUAUUUACUUCAGUGUUAUUUGUGAACCUCAGUGUGAUUCGUUUUUCAUAUUAUCUAGAUUAAUAACUAUGUGUUUUUUGUCAUAUUUUGCAUGAUAAUUUUCAUUUGAAUAGAGAAGAUCAUAGUUGAAUAUAUUGAAAGUGUGAAGAGAAUCUGUAGUGAUUUAAGUAUGAGCAAAAAUUAAUAUAUAUAUAUAUAUAUAUAUAUAUGGUAUGAACAUAUCUACAGCAGGAGCUUUUUUAACCAACACCUCAUCUCCUUAUUAAGCGAGGCAUUUCAAAGUUUGAGUGAUAAAUCAGAUUCAGUCAUGAUGAGGUAUGUAAUUUAAUAUUUUUUUUUUGGUAUUACAGUCAUUAAAUGAUUAUUAGGUGGUAACACUCUUUCAACUGAUGUGUAAUUCAUAGUAAUGUUAUUCUCAGUAUUCAGAGCUUUUUUAAAUAAUGAAUUUUUGAUUAAUAAAAUAAGAUAUUGUGAUUGUUAACAUGUUUGUAGAUUAAUAGAACUCGUUAUUUCAUUAAUUUUUUGCUUUAUAAUAAAAUUUUAAGAAAUAAAUACCCUAUCUCCUCGCAUAUUCCCCCCCAUUUUUUAGCAAUUUUAUCAUCUUAAAAUCGGGGGGGGGGGAUUGUACAAUUAGUUUAAUUUCUGAAGAACGAGUUUACAGUAAUAGAAAUUGUCAUGAAAUUUGAAACAUUGUCAUGAACUACUAGUAACUAUCACAAUACUAUUUUUAAAAAAUAUAAAUAACCUACAUUCCAGUAAUAAUAAAUAAUAAAUAAAAAUAAUAAAUAACCUACAUUCCAGUAAUAAUACUUAUUAAUAUCAACAUUGCAAUAUUGAUGGGUAUUGAACAUUGCAGUAUUCUGAUGGGUAUUGAACUGAUGUCUAACAGUAAUUGAGCUGGACACAUUAUGCUGUCUCAGUUACUCUGUAAAGCCCCAGGUGCACCUCAUGUGAAUGAGUCUUGAAUUUUCAAAUAGGACAUUGGAGGCAUGAACAAUAAAGGGGGUGAACAAAAGAGCGGGGUUUCAAAAUAUGGAACAUAUCAGCAGUAGAUAAAGCUGCAGUGAGCUGGGGAAUGUAAACAAUAGAAGUAAGGGGAAAUUGUAUGUUUGGAAAGUUUCUCAAGUAUGAGAAUACCUGUCAUGUCCAAAUAGCUUCAUGAAGAAUAUACACAAAAUAUGUUUAAAAUAAUAAAUGCAAGGGAAAGUAAAAUGGAUGAAAUGCUAAUACAAAAAUGCAAAAGCAAAUUGAAUACCUUGAAUAAAAAUAAAAAUUAUCAAUGGAAUAAAAUAUCAUUUGCCAGUACACUAGCCCUCACAGGUUAAAAACUAUGUACAAUAGAGGAAGGGGGAAUUAUUUGAGUAUUUUUAAAAUUUUCAGAGCCUAGCAGUAACUAGGGGAACAAAUAUGCGAGGAAGUAUGGUAAUUUCAAAUUAAAGGAUUGUUAGUUUGCCAAAUUUGCUGAGCAUCAAAGUCAUAUGCAUAAUAAGUCAUAUGCUACAUGUAAAUAUUACUAUGUUAUAUGCAUAAUAAGUUUUAAAAAGGUGAAGCUUCAUAGGCAGUUAUUGAUGGAUAGUGAUUGAUUUUACAUAAAAGUGUAUAAACCUUAACAGGAUAUACAUUCAUUUUACUCAUUUACUUUUCCAUGCUAGAAUCUUGUAAUUUGUGUUUGUUCUUGUAAUUAUUAUGAGCAGAUUAUUGCAUAAAUAAAGCUGAUAUGCAUUGUGUAAGAAGAUACUAAUACUGGCAAUUUUCUGAUGUAUAUUUGUGUGCAGUUGUCCAUAAUAUUUGAGACUUCGAUCUGAUUGACAAAUUUUAUGUAUGGGAAAAAAUUUAAUUUUUAGCAAAAUUAAUAUCCUCUUUAUAUGUAUUUUAAUAUAAUUGAAACUGCAUAUGAAAGAGCUUGAUACUUCAGGUCUGCAUAAGUAAUUUUGAAAGAUCUGUUGAAUAAUGGUAUAACUUGUAGUUAAUUUAUUUGUCUUGAGUAAUACAUUUGAAACAUGAAUUUCAUAAAAAUCAGAAUUAAGUGGUAGUUACUAUUAGGUAAGUACUUUCUCCCUAAAAUUCAAAUAAUUAAUGAAGUUUAUAGUUUCUAGUGUUUUUUACGAAAGGUAUUUCAAAAAUACAUUAAUUUCAGUUUAUUCAAAAUUUAACUACUGAGUACAGUAUAAAACCUUGGAAUUAUGAAUUUAUCUUUUUAAAACAUUGAAAAUUGUCCGAAUUAUUCCACCCAAUGCAUGAACAAUCAUUUGAUAAAUGUCUGAGAGGUAAAUUUUAAAUUAAUACUUUACUUUAUGAGUUCCUGCUUUUCAAUGAAUUAAUUCAUGAAAGACAGGUAUCUUUGUAGCUAUAAAAAUAUGUGCUUUAAUUAUUUCAUAUAAUUGUAUUUAAUAUUUUUUAUGGAUAUGGUAAUAUAAACCAACUUAUAAUUACAAAUUUAUUUUUUGCAUUUAUUUUAUUCAUCUAAUGUACUUGUGUUCUGUUUUAUAUAUUUUCUAUAUUAUACAAUUUUAAAAUUUUUAGAAGUUGAAUUGCCUUUUCUUUCAAACUAAUAAAAAAUAUUGAUUUUCAAAAUAUUAUAAAAAAUUUUUGUGUAUGUGAAACGAAAGGCAAAUGUGAGUUUUAUAAACAUGUUAUUGUUGUGAAUAUCAGUUGUGUGUGUGAAGAUGUAUUUGCAUUUUUGUGUGUCUGAAUUCUGGAAUGUCUUCUUGCCAAAUAUUUAAAUUGGGACCUACUUGUAUAUUGUUGAGAUGCCAAAUAAUCCACCAUUAUUAUCUUUUCUGUAAGUAAUUUAAUUUUUGAAUAAUCUAAAAAUUUCUAAUAAAUUUGAAAAAUGAAAUAAUGGAGUUUUAUUUCUUAAUGGACCAUUGUUAGCUUCUCCAGGGAUUUGAAAAAUGUUAUUUGUCAAGCUGAUUUGUGCAUUAUUAAGGUGUCAGUCAUCAGUUAAAACAAUAUUCUUGCGAAAAAUUUAUUUUCUUUACAUAAAUGAAGAAUAUUGUGAUUGUAAUGCAAGUAUAAGGUUAGAGUCCAAUACCCUUUCUUUGGCAUUAAAUCCAAUAAUAAUAGUCAUAUCAUUUUAUUAAAAUAAUUGAAAUAAGAAAACACUGUUUAAAUAUAUCAUUUCAUUUAUAUUAUUCUGUGAUCUUUUAGGAGGAUUCAUGCUAACCUGCUAAUUUAUGAUAAUUUCACCCUAAUAAUAAAGUACAUAUCAUUCUCAUUUCAUUGAAAAUGGACAUGAUCUUUAGUUAUCACAUUUUGUUCUAUUAGUUAACUAUUUGUUAUUAUGAAUAAUAGUGUGAUUAAAUGUGUUUUUUUUUAUUUUUAUUUUAUUUUUUUUUUGGGGGGGUCUCUGUGCUAAAUUUGCAUUUCUUUUGAAUGUGAUACUGCUUUUAAAACAAGGUUAAAAAAAGUGCAAAAAAUGUCUACUCUACAACAUUUUCCAUUUGUGAUUCUGAAACAUCAGAAAAAUCAUUAGUGAGCAUCAUUUUUAUGAAAAUCAUUAUUGAGCAUCAUUUUUAUAAUCACAGAUUUCCAUUUGUGAGGAAAUUAGAUGAAAACAAUGUAAAAUGAUUAAACAUUUCCAGCUUUUCUGAAAAUGAUACUAUUAUAUUCAUUGAUUUCUGUCUAAUCAAUAUAAAUUUAUCCAUCAUUUAAGCUCCUUAAAUAUCUUAUAAUGUUACUAGAUAACUCUGUGUAAAUUUACUGUAUAUUCUGACGUAUAGCGUACAGUUUUAAUAUAAAAAAUAAGAACAAAAUUUACAGAUGCGUGUUAUACGCUCUGUAUAAAAAUGAUAGAUUAAAUAUAAGGAAAAAAAUAAGCAUACAGAAAUUCGAUUUUUACAUUUAUCUAAGUGCUGUUUAUUUAAAAGAAAUGACAUACCUUAUGAACUUAAAAUUUUUCAUUUUCAGAUGACAUGAAAAGUUCGUCUUCCAUUAGAUUUUCAUGCACAUCAUCAAAUUCUUUUUCAUCUUCACUACCAUGAUUACUCUGAUCCAUAAAUAAAUAAUCUUCACCUGUUCCAUCUUUCACCAACACAAAAUAUCCUUCCUGCAGCAGUAUUUCCUUUUCUUUCGCAAACUGAUUGACUUUGCAUUUGAAACCAGCACUGCUGUUUCUUUUGGAGGAGCCAUAUUUACUACUAAAAGGAGCACUAGAUCAAUUGUAUUUCAACUAAAGCAAAUGUGAUUUACUGAAGAUAUUCACUUCAAAAUCAUGGCUUCAAAUGACUAUAGAAACAGACCCGACUCUUAAUUCCGUGAAUUCGUUCAGUUCAGAAGGGUAUUAUUAUUACUCAAAGUUCUGUCCCCAUUUUCCCCAAACCCUAGAAUAACAUUCGUAUGCACAUUUGCAUUAAAUACAGCCCAACUCCUUUGCAGAAUUAUUUACUCCCUCAAACAUUCCCCCCUACACAAGUAUUGUUUCCCUUACCAUUUGCCAAACACCUGGGAAACGUUUUUGAAUGAAUGACUUCAAAAGAUAAGGGCAUCGCACAUGUAUCUUUCAGGUUUCUUCAUAAAGAGAAGGAUGCACAUUAUAUGGUGAGUAUACCUAAACAUUAAUAAAUGUUGUGUGAAAUUAUAGGUAAUAUAUGAUAUAUAUAUAUUAUAGGUAAUAUAUGGCCAGAAUAUACGAUAAUUGUUAGUUAAAACUAAACUAAACUUAGUGGCGCAGCACCCCUAAUGGGCCAAGGGCGGUAGUGCCCCAAAUCUGCUUUCUUGACCCUGGGCCCCGAGGUGCAUAAGCAUAUGCCCUGAACAAGUGGUCAGCUUGUCGCAGGACCUCCAGUGUUUAGUCCCCAAGCGAACUUGGUACUCAUUUUAUCAACCCAAGGGAUGAACGGCUGAGUCGACCUUACCCAGCCCAGGGAUUGUGGUGCUGCUGUACGAUGCGCUAGCCACUGCGCCACCGGGCCUCAAUUGUCAGUUAAGCUUCUUAAAUAUCUUGUAGUAUGCAAUCCUAACUCAGCGUAUAAAAUCUCAACAUAUAAUUGAGAAGGGUGAAAGACAUAUGAUCUUAAAAUAGUUGUAGAUAUGUAUUUGACCAUAGAUGUAGAGUUCAGUAAGUUAAAAUCUUAUUAAAUACUGUAUGUUGUUUAAGAAUUUGUAUUUUUUAAGAAAUUGUGAAUAUAUUUGUUUAUGAAUAUGUAAUGUAACCUCAGCUCACAUUCUUGAUUUCUUUUAUUUUAUCUCCAUCCAUGUAAUUAAUCUCUGCCCUGCCCCUCUGACCCCUGUUUUAAGUUAGUCCUGUUUAAUUUUGAAACUUUCACUAUGGGUUAAGCCCUAAUAUAUCUCCGUUGUUAUUUAAUGUGCAUAAAAUUUAAGCCAGAAGAUAAGUAUGGCAAAAGCCAUAAACAGUAAAUGUAUGCUGUGCAGAAUAUCUUAACAUGAAGCUUCAAAUUUAAGGGUGGCUAGAAAGCUGCUUUCUAUAAGGAAAGGAAUUUUUAAUAACUGUAACUGAGAAGGAUUGAAAUGCCAAGAAAUGGUUGGAACAGUCUUGUUGAAGAGCAAAUUUUCAAAUCAUUUCAUUAUUAAGUGGUGACUGACACUGAAAUUGGAUUAGAACUUACGAAAUCAUAAAUCUGAAUGUAUAAAACUAGAGCUUGUUCACAGAAAGUGCAGAAGGUGUAUAUAUUUUGUGAUUGUAAAUGUAUUUAUACCUUGUAAAGCUGUUUUACAUUAUUGUAUGCAUAAAAAGUCAUAUUGUAUGCAUAGGUGUAAAUCUUUUAUGUUAAACUGUAUAUCAUUUCUGGAAAAAAAAAAAAAAAAAAAGAAAAGAUUGCUGUGUUUUAGAAAUCAAUUUAAAUUUUAUGAAAUUUAUAAGGUGCUAAAAAGUUUUUUCACUGAAAAAUUAAAAAGAUAAGAAUGAGGAAAAUGUACUUUUGCAAAAGAGGUUUGAAAAUUUCUGAACUGGUGCUUUUAAAGUGAUGUAUGAUUUACAAAGUUAAUAAUAAUAAUAGCAUUACAUCAUAAAAAAUCAUUUUGGAAAUAAGGAAGCUGUGUACAAAGCAUUUUUUAAGUCUUUGAAAAAGUAGGAUUCCAACUAAAAACGGUAAAGAUAAUUCAGUAUUUUACUUUCAUUAUGAAAUAUAUUUUAGCAUUUUAUAUCAAAAGUGAUAACAAGUAUGCCAUGUUUUUGAGCCUUGUUAUUCAGUAUUGCAGUUAUUUUGUGUAUUUGUUUUAUUUUUAUAUUUACUCAUUGUUACUUAUUUGUUUUUAAGGGAUUUUCAGAUAUUUGCAUUAAAUGUGAAAAAAAUGUAUAAAUGCUUGUGUGUAGUUAUGAGCUAUUGAUUUUUUAUUAUCCUGGUAAAACUUAUACCUUAUUAAAUGAAAUAAUUAUAAAUGUGAUAGCUCAUUAGUAGAAUACUAACUGUUGUGAAUUAUCUCGCUUGUCUGACAGUAACAUCAGAAUGAGCCCACGAAAAUCAUCGUGGCAAGGAGUGCAAGAUUACACCUGUCAUUGGCAAGAGCCUUGAGCACCAUACAGGUGACAGUACGACUCAGCUCAGUUCUGCCUCCAGUUCUGAUGGGAAGCACGGGGGGGGGGCAGGUCCAAGGGUCUCCCACCUCUCUUUCCCUUCCACUCACCUCUCAAGAGGACUUUUGGCUUGCCACAUAUUUAGAGUGCUCCUAUGCCACACAGACAUUAUACAUUUACAAACAUCCAUGCCUUCUUCUGGAUUCAAACCUAGGCCUUUAAUUACGGCAUCAGCAUUGUUAACCAUAAUUCUGGUUGGGCGGUUGACAAAACCUUCUUUAAGAUUAUGGAAACUUACCAUAUGUAGACCGGCGGGAAUAAAUUCAUAGUUAUUCCAAACAAUAUGAUUAUUAAUUUUGAAUUGAAACAACAAAAAUCAGUGUUAUAUUUCAUUUUUGUUGUUUGAAUUCUAAAUUAGUACUUGUUCGGCAUGUUGAAAUAAAACUUAAAUUAUUUUAUUUGAUCAUUGUCUUGCAGUAAAGAAUAAUUUUGAAAUAUGUUCUUGCCAGUGAUAUAUUUUAAAAUUGCUUGACUUUUUCUAAAAUAAUAUCCAUGAAUGACUGAUUUAGUUCAAUUCUUUUUACUUUUGAAUUCCAGUUUUAAAGUUCCCCAUUCUUCCCUUCCCCAGAGCAAUAGCAUUAAAAAAAAUCAUCCCAGUUGUACAGCUUUAUUUCUGAAUAUUAUACCACAACAACUUAUACAACUAUCACUUCUAUAAUUAUAAAUGAUCUACAGUAAACAAGAACUGGUUUGUUUUUAACUAAAUGCAUUUUCAAUAUUUAUUUAGAGGAUGUUUAAUUACACACAAGACACAUAUUUGUUAUUACCAUGAAGUAACUGUUGUAGUGUUUCUAGAUGUUAAACUACUUAAAUAGAAAUCAUUAUGAUACUUAAGCUACUUCAUUUUUAUUUAUGAAAUUUUUUAUAUGUAUUUAUAUAUAUAUUUUUUUACCAUCUGAAAAAUCCAAAGUUGUCUUCAAUUAAUUAGUCUUAACUGUUACUAUUAAGUACUAUUAAAAAUAAUUUUUCUGUCUGCUGUAAUUCAUUUUAUUAUGUGCAAUAUAUGGAAGAUAAACUGCUUUUUAAUAAAAACAAAGUGUUUUGGAAUUACAAUGUAUCUGUAUAACUAGCUCAUAAUUUUAAUUGUUUUGUUGUCAAGAAAAGGUGCUCCUUAAUUUCUUUUUAAUUUUAUUAUAUAUUUUACUAUGAACUGAUUUUUAAUGUAAAUCUUGCUCAACCGUAAUAAAAUGUUAUAAUUGUUUCUUAUAAA